AUGGUUGUGCUCCUCGAUAAACAUAAUGCAGAAGCAUAUUGCCUACAGGCAGCCCUGCCGCGGAGGCACCAGAGAAACCGAGGUGACUCCCGCCCCGCAGCGGUGCUCCUGAGCCGCCCAAAGAAGCACGGCGCGAGCAGCCCCGCCUCGCGCUCAGCCCGCGCGCCCCGCCGGGGAACGAGGGCGGGAAACCGAAGGGGCAGCGAACGCCACCUCGAGUCACGCCGCCUCCUCUCGCGAGAGCCGCGCCGCCCUGGCAACGGCGGGCCGCUGCGGCCAUGGAGGAGGAAGAGGAGGCGGCGGCGGCGGGUUCUGAGGCGUCGGUCUACCUGCCAGAAAAUUACUAUCACAGACUACGCUAAGGACGAUUAUCAGUACGAAGAGGUGUCAGCAGAUGAUGAAUUUAGUCUUCAGGAAGGUGACGAAGAUCUGUCUGAGGCUCUGCAGGCUGUUCAAAAGCAAGCUGAAGAUGCUCACAUCUUAGCUUCCAAAUCAGUUCUGACUUCAGAGAAAUCAGUGUCUGAAAUACCUGAAGCGAUGGAUGACUUCUUCUGCAAUUUUCUGGCUGGUCUGGGUAUGUCCAGAACCCUUGACUGCUUCCAAACUGAAUGGUACGAACUCGUAGAGAGAGGUGUGUUCACAGCCAAAGACGUUGGGUUUGUGCCAACUGUGUAUACCUGCAACCAGCAGCUCAAGGCUGAGAAUAUGCGUUUGAAGGAAGAUUUGGACAACUUUAAACGUGCUGCUAACAAAGCAAAAGAGGCUUUCCUAAAAAUGCAGAAAGAACGUGACUUCCAUAGGAUGCACCAUAAGCGAGUGGUCCAGGAGAAAAACAGGCUUAUAUGUGACAUUAAAAGGCUGAAGGCACAUUAUGCUUCAUACGAACCAGUGCUGAAGGAACUGACUGAGAAAUACCAGUCUGCGCUGAGGCAGAAGAUGUUAACUAGUUUGGAGAGAGACAGAGCAGUUGGGCAGGUUGCAGGUUUACAAGCUAUAUUACAUAAUUUAGAGUCUGGAUGUGCAAUUCAGAUUCCUGCAAAAGAAGCUGGCCAUGAAUGUGAAAGGAAGAAGGGUUUGGAAGGUUCCACUCAGAAAGCUCUUCAGGAGGCAAGGCAGCAAAAAAUGCUUGAUGCUGAUCCAGUUAAAGAUUCAGAGAAGAAGAGAUAUCCAAAGGAUUCGGAGUUCCCUGCUGACACUCAAGUGGACUCAUACCUUGCUCAUGCCAAAGAGUACAGUCGACUCCUGAAACAUGGAGCGUAUAAACUGGAAAAAACUUUAAAACUGCACGUCUCAGCAGUGAGCUGCUUGGCCGCACAUCCCCUGAAAGACAUGGUAGUCACUGGCAGUGAUGACCACCUCUGGAAAAUGUGGACUUUUCCUGAUGGGGACAUCAUCGUGGUGGGUGAAGGUCACACUGAUUGGGUUUCAGGCUGCUGCUUCCAUCCAAGUGGCACUCAGUUGAUCACUUCGAGUGGGGAUACAACAGUACGGAUAUGGGACCUCUCAAAAGGGGAAUGCGUUCUGACUUUCAAAGGACAUGCCCAAGCUGUAUGGGACUGCUCGUGGCAUUCGUGUGGUGAUUUUGUGGCUUCUGCCUCUAAGGACAGCACAAGUAAAAUAUGGGAUGUCAACAGUGAGAGAUGCAGAUAUACCAUGCGUGGCCAUAAAGAAUCAGUCAGUAGCAUUGAAUUUCUUCCAUUCUCCAACACUGUUCUCACAAGCUCUGCUGACAAGACUUUAUCUCUCUGGGAUGCCAGAACGGGUCUCCGUGUUUGUACGUUCUAUGGUCACCUGCACUCCUGCAAUCAUGCUACAUUCAGCCUGGAGAGCAACACGAUUGCUUCCUGUGAUUCCUGUGGUGUGCUGAAGCUGUGGGACGUGCGGCAGGCGGUCCCCAUCCUGUCUGUGGAUACAGGUCCCCUUUCCGCCAACCAGGUUGCCUUCAAUCACUCUGGUCGCACCGUGGCCGUGGCGAGCAGUGAUGGGGCUGUGAAGAUUGUGCAGCCAGAGCUGGACCAGCUCCAUAGCCUGCGGGGCCAGGGUGAGACAGAAGUGCAGAGCGUGGCCUUCCAUCGCCCGGUGGAGCAGCUGCUCUCGGGGGCUGCCGACGGCACUGUCUGUGUCUGGAUCUAAGGAUGAGCCUCAAGGUGUUUCGUGGAAAGAACAGCGUAGCAGCGAUGGUGAAGCGUUUCCAUAGUUAAUGUUUUCAGGGGGCAUAGUUGCUCGAGAGGAAUGUUACCCUGUGUUUUAACCCAAUAAAAGCCCCGCUUUGGCUUUCUUUACGCUGU